CCUUACUGCCUCAGCUCAAAUUAAAUGUCUUCAGAAUCAGACAACAUAACUUCAUUUAUGUGUUGUCUGAUUCAUGAAUACAAAAUAAAAGGAGUCAGCUGCUCGCGCCUUUGACAACUUAUCUAGGCUAGGCUUAAAGAGUUUUGUGACUUUUGUCUCCCACUUGAUUUAUUUCCAAGCACUAGAACAAAACACUCGGCCUUUUCUUCUAGCAAAACACUAUCAUUCUGAAAACACCCUCUUCUCAAAAGUCAAAACACUCGGCCAUCACCAUCUUCUCCCAGUUUUAUAGUUUUUCUCUAGAAACUCCAUUUCAAUUCGUUGGUCUGGUGAUUGGGUCGGGAUUCUCCGUUGGAACGCCUUAACGCGAAGGAUCCCUAAAUCAAAAGAGCUCUAUGGAAAACCCCAACCGAGUUUUUACGGUUAAGGCUGGCAAACUCGACUCUCCUCUCGAUUCUCAUCGCUUCGCAUUCAUUUUCCUCCUUUGAAAUUGCUCUCAAUCGAUUGCCUGGGGUCUGUAAUCGGAGUCGGAUAAAAUUAGGGUUUGGGAUUCGCUUCAGUUUUUACAAGGCUUCCUGAUUUCGAUAGCAAUUCAGGGCGAGAUAACAUUCUGGUUACCCAGAAUUUGUAAUUGUUGAUUUAGGGAAGAGGAUUGAUACUCUGGAGUUGAGCAUUAUGAAGGAUGUUGGUACUUCUUCUCCUCCAAAGAGCUCAAAGAGAUGGAUUACGAGGAAGAAAACCAGAGGUGAAAAGGUGGGUGAUAGAGGAGAUGUAGGUCAUCAGUUGAGAUUCCUGGCAGGUUGAUUAGCAAUGGCGGCAGCAAAGUUGCUUACUUGUAUACUUAGUAGGGCAAGAAGGGAACCAAUCAAGAUGCCAUGCUUGUUUGGAAGGGAGCAUCCAGCUCAGGAGCUCCUCAUCAGAGCUUCAAGGGGGAAACUUAUCAACCAGAUCAAGGAAAACUAAGGAAAUGCUACCAACGGGAUUCAGCAGCUAAAGCUAAAAGAAAUGUCAUUCCCUCUCGAUCGAGUCCUGAGGAUGCUCAGCUUGCUACUGUUUUCACUCGCCUGCAUCAUAAGUUCAAUACGACCUUGAAGUCAUUGGAAUCGUUUCAAGCUAAGAACUCUGAGCGUGUGUUCAAUACAGAUUUUCAGGGGAGGCUUAUUAGACUGCAGAGGGAGCGAUCCGAGAGGAAUGGGAGUAAUCUGAGAGGAAUAAGCAAGCUAGCGGAGAUUGAUGCUAUGAUUAGUUCUGGGGCAAGUAUACGUGAUCGUUAUGCUCUCCUGUGGAAACAACAAAUGGAGAGGAGGAGACUGUUGGCACAGCUUGUUUCUGCUACUGGUGUCUACAAAACCCUUGUCAAGUACUUGGUUGGGGUUCCACAGGUUUUACUAGAUUUUGUUCCCCAAAUAAAUGAUGAUGAUGGGCCCAUGGAAGAGCAACGACAGCGUUAUGGACCACCUUUGUACAGCCUUACAACUUUGGUGCUUCUUAUACGUCUGGCUAUUUUGCUGUCUCGGGGGCGGUUUGAAACUAGAAAAUUAAACAAGCAAGAGGUAGCUGUCUUGGAACAAUCUGUUGACGUCUACACCACUGAGUUUGAAAGUUUAUUAGGUUUAUCAGUGAGGUUUUUGCGAAUUCGCCCUUUUUUAUUUCAGCAGAGGUUGCUGGUGCAUUAGAUGGAGGGAAUAAUGAUGAUUACAAAGAGACAAAUGUUCCUGCCGGUAAAACACAUGGGGUUUCUCUGUUUGUGGACUCGAUAAAUUCGUAUAUUGCUUGGGAUUUUUCGCUUGUGCAAGGGAAGAUAAACUUGGUAUCGUUCCUAAAUUUCAUUUAAUUACUCGGUGAAUGUGUCUUCUUCUUUCAUAGCCUGAUGAAGUAUUCUUUCAUCUGUGAUGUGAAUGCUCUGGCCUUCUUCAUUUCCUGUAGUUCUCCGUUGUGUAACUCGUGCUAUUUUCUUGUAUGCCUUGUUUGUUUGGAAUGAGAUUGGUAAUGAGUCCAAUAAAAGUUAUUGAUGAAAUGGCAAAUUUUAAACUAUAUGAAGAUUGUGUGAGGAUGUUGGGUUGGAAUAUUCACUUUUUGGUCAUUGUUCGACCCAAGGUUGCCAUUCUGAGUACUAUGAGGUUGAAUAUAGAAAAAAAGUGCUCGCUUUUCAGAUUCUCCAGGAAAUUUGGCUGCGUAGUUGUAUAAUGAUAUCCUUGUGAAGAUUAUCUUUUUAUUUCAUCUCUUUAUUCUGACAGGAUCACCCGGUUUUGAACAGAUGCCUUUUAGUUAUUUUCUGAGAUAAUAUUUACUUCUGAUAUAACAUUAUGAAUGAUAUAUGUUAUUCGUCUUGUGAAGGAACUUUAGACAUUACCCAAACCCCUAUGUUUGAUAGUACUUUAGUAGUUCUUGAAUGUAUAUUAUCUUUGAGUUCAGACGAUUGAUAAUGAGAUAUGCUGUAUAAUAUCAGUAUGUGUUCCAAUUAUUAAAAUAACUCUAUAUACUUCUUUAUGAGAAAUUUCUGAAGAUUGAUGUCUGUGGUCAGAAUGGUUAACUCUAUAUACUUCUUUUGUUUCAUACAUAAAUGAUC